CUGGAGCUCUCUUUUUCCCGCCAGCCACAGUCGAAGGGGCCGCCGCGCUCCUGCAACAAGUGUCAGUAGUGCGAGACGUGCGUGAACGCUCCGCAAGUGGUCCGCCGGCCGUCGCGGCUUUUCUUUAUUCUGGUGAGUGCGUGGCAGCCGGAGGUGCGGCGAAGCGGCAGCCAUGGAUCAGCUCUUCGGGAAUCUCAAGGGCUUUUUCAAGACUGACUUCACCGUCAUCGACAACAAUGUGUUUCGGCUGCACUACAAGGCAACCGUGUGCAUUCUCAUCGCCUUCAGCAUUCUGGUGACCGGCAGGCAGUACAUCGGCGACCCCAUCGAUUGCAUCAGUAAGGACGCGGUGCCGCCAAACCUGCUAGACACCUUCUGCUGGAUACACACCACCUUUUCGCUCACGGAUGCCUGGCACAAGAAAGUGGGCGUCCAAGUGCCUUACCCCGGCGUGGACAAAUACACGCCGGGUGAGAAGCGCGUCUACCAUGCCUACUACCAGUGGGUCUGCUUCGUGCUCUUCCUGCAGGCCGUGCUAUUCUACGUGCCUCGCUACUUCUGGAAGGCUGUCGAAGGCGGCCGUAUCAAGAACCUCAUGCUGGGCCUUAACAAUCCGAUCCUCCCCGAGGAAGCCAAAGAAAACAGUCGCAAACUGCUCGUCGAGUACCUGGCCAUCAAUCUGAACAACCACAACAUUUUCUUCUACGGAUACGUGGUGGCCGAGGUGUUCAACUUCGUCAACGUCGUCGGCCAAAUGUUCCUCAUGGACAUGUUCCUCGGGGGCGAGUUCUCCAGCUAUGGUUCCAAGGUGCUGCAGUUCACCGAAUGGGACUGGUCCGUGCGAUAUGACCCCAUGAUCAAGGUGUUCCCAAGGCUAACGAAGUGCACCUUCCACAUGUACGGUUCCUCAGGCGACGUGCAGAAGCACGAUGCCAUGUGCAUCCUGCCCAUAAACAUCAUCAACGAGAAGAUCUACGUCUUCCUCUGGUUCUGGUUCAUCAUCCUCGCCUGCAUGUCUGGUGUGGUGCUCAUUUACAGGGCGUUCGUCAUCUUCCUACCCCGCAUCCGCUUCAUUGUCCUCCGGCGUCGCGCGAAGCUCGCCAACAAGGACUACGUGGAACGCGUCUGCGACCGCUGCAAGCUCGGUGACUGGCUCGUCCUGGACCUGCUGUGCAAGAACAUGGAUCCCGUCAACUUCCGAGAUCUCAUCAACGACUACGUGCGACGCCUCGACCACAAGAGCAUCGACAACGCGUAGACGCUGGCCGCACUGUUUCUCUCGUGCGCGCGUUUCUCGAACACCGACGACCGACCGAAGGCGCGCGUUGCGGCUUCGGGCACGAUGAUUUGUAGCCGACCUUGAUACCGGCAAGUCCGUGCCUCACCAUUCCUCUAGUUUUUUUUUUUUUUUUUUUCUCGUGAACCGGCAGCUCGAGAUAUCUGUCGGCAUGCAUGCGCUACGCUACUUCGAGGGAGACAAACCAAAAUGGCGUUAGCCGCCCGGAGCCAGUAAUCUAGCCGAACUACUACUUUGACUUGAGCUGCCUUUACAGCGUGCCUUCAGGCAAGGCAUUGCAAGUGCCAAGAUGAUGGAGGGAGCAAUAUCAGAGAUGCCUAUGCUGCCACUGUUAUUAUUUUUGUAUGUGAGUGUGUCUUUUUGUGUAAUCACUGUCAUGGUAGCUGUGAGCCUAGGAACAAAUUACUUCAUAUGCAGUUGAACGCUGGAACGAAAAAGAAAUUGAAUUGCUUUACUUGUAUGCUGUUUUCUUUUUUCUUUUUUUUUUUCCUAUUGUCAUCAAGAAUCUAUUCGUUGUCGUUGCGAUCGCUGCUUGAAGUACAAGCGUCCUGGUUUUUUUUUCCUUUGUUUUUGCAUAAGUGUUGCAAUCCAUACUCGUCGCGGUGAAGAGAAGCAAUAUUUUCAUCCUUACUUUUUGUGUGUGUGUGCGUGUUACUCAGUGCCUUUGAGGUAACAACAAGAUCCCAAGUCUUCCAGAUUUUCUUGUGCAUUCCUUGCGACUUGGUCUCUUAUUUAACGUUGCACAGAGACUGCGUUCGCAAGCAUUCCCAGUUUGUCCCGCAGAGUCGUACUUCUCUUGUACUGUUUUUUUUUUUUUUCGACUGAUGAUUUGUUGUUAUUGGAGAUGGUUUCUUGCAUAUAUCAGUUACACUUUUAGUACAUUAUAUAGCGUAGUUCUGUCUCGUUCUCUGGUUACCCGGAGAAGUGCCUUGCCAAACUUCCUUUAUUUUUGUACGGUCGUGCACUUGCCAGUUGGAAGAUAAACAAAAAAGAUAAGCGAGGAUUGUGUAUUGCCAGGGCGUUGUUUAAAUGCUUUAUUUUUGUACUGUGCGACGUCACAUGUAAGAUAAAAAAGAAACAGUGAAACAUUUUUUUGUGUGCGUGUGUACGAAUGCGUGGAAAUGCCACAAAGCAACAAAUGUCUGGUUUAUCAUGGUGCGACGAAUAAAUGUUACAUACACCACGUU